CAUAUUUUGUUUCCGUGUAACUAAUUUAGCACAUCGAGUCUUGUCAUACUACUACUUCAGUCUUGGGCACUAACAGUGUGCACUAGCCCUGCAAGUUGCAACAUUUAAUAAUUUGCAGAAAGAAGAGGAGAUCAAGAUUGCAUGCUUCUAGAGGACUUAGAAUGCAUCCUGGAGCCGACUGCUGAUGCACACUGGUAACCUGUGUGAACUACAUACUUGGCUGGUCUGCGUUAAAGGCCAGAGAUGUUCUUCAUCCUCAAGACGCCGAGGCUUCUUUGGCUAUUCGUUACACAAUGCAAGCUCAAAAGUAAAAGAGAGGAAACUACAAGGGACUUGUCCUCCUGUUGGUCGUGGAAACUAUGGAAAACCAUGUUUGAGUGAAAGUGCUCAUAGGUCCCCAUUUUUUAAUCCCCGUAAUAGUUUUCACACGAUACAUUCAGAACACAGCCCUGUGAAGCCAAGGAUUAUUACAGUGGUGAAACCUGGCGGACACACACUCAGAAGGAUAACCUUGCUUCUCAACAGGAGAUCGGUCCAGACCUUUGAACAGCUGAUGGCUGACAUAUCAGAAGCUCUGGGAUUUCCACGCUGGAAGAAUGACCGUGUGAGAAAGCUUUACAAUCUGAGAGGCAGAGAAAUCCGAAGUGUUUCUGACUUCUUCAGGGAAGGUGAUGCAUUCAUAGCCAUGGGGAGGGAGCCCCUCACUUUGAAGAACCUGGAGGUGGUAUUACAAGAACUUUAUCCUGAAAAUCCAUAUGCUGCCAGUGCUGCCAUUCAGGAGAAUGAGGAGCAGUCACAAAAACUGAAGAGCAGGCUGUAUGACAAGGCUUCAAAAGUGGACAGUGGCUUUGAUGAGACAGAAAUUACCAAGAACUGCAGUGAAGACAUGUCUCCCAAACUGGUAGUUAGACAUGAAGGAAAAAGUCAAGCCAAGACAAAGCAAGAAGAAAAAAUGAGAAUCAAAAAAAAGUGGACUAGAGAGAGCUGGGGUAGUGAGCAAGGAGUGAAGCCUUCUAGAAAAACCCGAGAAAGUGAGAGGUACCUUAACCAUGAGAGGAGUCCUGAGGAGGGAUUAGAAGAGAGUUCAGAGGAGGUGGUGAGGUGUGAGAAGUGCGAACAGGAAAGGCAGGCCAGGCAAAAGUUACAAAGGGAAAGGCAGGCUGAGGCCUCAUUUGAGAACAGAGACCUGAACACAGGUGCAUGUCAGAGGUACCAUGUAGAAAGAAAUGCAAAGAUCAGGAAUUGCCGAAAAUCUUCAGAAACUUGUCUGGAAGGUGAGGAAGUUGGUUGGAAAGAUAAUGGCUGUAGGAGGACAUGGAAGUCCCUACAUAGGAAUGUUAAUGAAGAGCUGGAGAAGCAAAAAAGGAGCAUUGAGAAGGAAAGGGAUGUGGAGAAACAUGAAAACCAUGGGAAGGAAGUAGUAAAAAUCAAGAAGAAUGCUCUAGAAGGGCUGCAGCUAACUCAUGAAGCAAAGGAAGAGGAUGGAAGUAGCUGUGUAAUGAACCAAAGUGGUUGGCUAAAGAAAGACACUCUGAGGGAUGCUGAGAAACUAUCUAAAACACAUAGGGAGGGCAGAGAGGGACAAAGGGCUAAAGAGGAGGGUGCCAGAAGAGAGGGGAAUAUCAUGCGUAGAGAGAGUGACAUGAUGCGACGAGAAAAAACAGGGGAGCGCAGAGUGAAUAAAGAAGAAAACAGGCCUCAGGGAUUGGAAAACACAAGCCGGAGGCAUGCCAUUAAAAACAGAGCUGAUGUGGAAAAACACUAUGAGAUUGGCAGAACUAUCGGGGAUGGAAACUUUGCAGUGGUGAAGGAAUGUCGGCACUGUGACUCCAAUCAGAUCUAUGCCAUGAAAAUUGUUGAUAAAUCCAAGCUGAAGGGGAAAGAGGACAUGAUGGAAAGUGAAAUUCUGAUCAUUAGGAGUCUCUCUCAUCCCAAUAUAGUAAGCUUAAUUGAAGUGUAUGAGACAGAAGCUGAGAUCUACCUAAUCCUAGAGUAUGUCCCAGGAGGGGACUUAUUUGAUGCAAUCAUAGAAAGUGUGAAGUUCACGGAACAUGAUGCUGCUGUCAUGAUCACUGACCUGUGUGAAGCACUGGUUUAUAUCCACAGCAAGAACAUUGUCCACAGGGACCUCAAACCAGAGAAUCUUUUGGUUCAGCAUAAUGCAGAUAAGUCUACUACACUGAAACUAGCAGAUUUUGGCCUUGCAAAGCAAGUUACAAAACCCAUAUUUACUGUGUGUGGAACACCAACGUAUGUUGCCCCCGAAAUACUUGCUGAGAAGGGCUAUGGGCUCGAAGUAGAUAUGUGGGCAGCUGGAGUGAUCCUUUACAUUCUGCUCUGCGGUUUUCCCCCUUUUCGCAGUCAGGAACGUGAUCAGGAAGAGCUGUUUCAGAUCAUACAGCUUGGUCACUAUGAGUUCCUUUCCCCAUACUGGGACAAUAUUUCUGCAGCAGCAAAAGACCUCAUAACCAGGCUGUUGAUAGUGGAUCCCCAGAAACGCUACACAGCACGACAAGUGCUUCAGCACCCUUGGAUCAGAACAGCUGGAAAAACUAACAGCAGAAAUUUGCAGAGAGAAGUGACAAUAAACAUCGAGCGUCAUUUCCGGUCCCAGCGCCGGAAGGAAGUUGUGGAUGAGGACACGUGAAAUGUCUUUAAGCUCUUUUAGUUUUCUUUUUAUUGAUUAACAAAUUAUUUAUGUUUUCUUUUCUAAAUUAAUUGGGCCUUUAGUGUAUAGUUGUUGCUGGCCAUUGCUAUGCUUUUUUUUUUUUUUUGAUUCUGAGAUUCUGAAGGACAGAGAUCAAAUUUGCAUCUACUUCCCUCUGAUGUUACUUGAGUCUCUCUGUUGACAGCAGUGGGGACUAGAUAUUUCCUGGAGGGUAUCUAUUAUUUUUUUUUUAAUACUGAUUUGGGCUUUUACAUUAUGUAU